AUGGCUUGGGCAUUUAAAUCGGAUGAAGCCCUCUCGUCUGCCCAGACAAAUUCUCUUAGGAAACCAAAUGUUAAACGUCCCUUCAGUCGUCCUGUCCUCCGUUUUAAAGAUAGUGCUAAACGAGACGUGGUUUCCAUUGCGGAAGACCCGAACAGCUGGGAAAGGGAGUUUGCAGACUACGCUCUUUGGAGGAAACCUAUCGCGGAAGGUGUGUCUACGCAUGCUAAGGACUGGUUUGACCAUUUAUCUCGCAAGCGCACAUUGCAUCACCAACAUGCUGCGCAGCCGCGCCCACUGACUCCUACUGGUCAGCAACACGUCUGUUCACACUGUGGCCGAGGUUGCCGCCCUCGAAUCGGACUUAGGUACUAG